AUGAAAAUUUUAUUAAAUAGAAUAAAUGACUCGAGGAAAUGAAUAAAAUUUUGCUGAACACAAAAUAAUAGAGAACUUGCUAACAAACUACAAAAGGUAAAAAAGACAUGAAUAAAUAAACUAAAAAGACUAUCUAACUAUGAAAAAAUCAGUGAAAGCAGAUUGAAAGAAUGUAUGCAAGAUCCAUAUGGAGCCUGAAACAAAAUAAAACAUCAGAUGAAUAAAAACAGAAUCGUAUUAUCAUUAAACAAAGAAGAAAUUAAAGCUUGAGCAACAGAAUUUGAAAAUCAAUUUAAAAGUAAAAUAGAAUUCAUACCACAAAAGGGAUGCUCAAAAGAAGAACUAUGAGAUUUCCAAGAUAUCCAGAAAAUCAUUAAAAAAUUACCAAACAAAAAAGCUCCUGGAUCAGACAAUAUAAGAAAUGAGAUAAUAAAGAAAGGUGGAGAUAUAAUGACAGAAACAAUUGCACAUUUCCUUAAUAGUUGCAAAUUAAAUGGAAUCCCAAAUAAAGCCAUUGAAGCAAAAACAAUCCUUAUAUAA